AUGACUACUAUAUGGUGGUAUACACGUGAUUGUUUUCUUUAUCGAUUAUUAAAUAAAGCAUUACGAGUACAAAAUAUUGAUUUAUUAUUUUUAUUAAAAUUCAUUAUUAAUGAUAUUGACCGUCAAUUAGAAACUAAUAAAUGUUCAGUACCAAUACGAGUUUAUCGAGCACAACAAAUGUCAAAAAAUGAAAUUCAGUUAUUAAAAAUUUAUAUUAGAGAAUUUAUAUCAAUAAAUUCAUUUUUUUCUACUAGUCUUAAUUAUGCACAAGCUCGAUCAUUUCUUUAUUCGUCGAAUGAUAAUACCAUCGAUGAUAGUGAACAAGUUUUUUUUGAAAUCAAUGCUGAUCCUCGAUUAGAUAAAUUAAAAGCAUUUAGUAAAAUUCAUUCAUUAAGUUAUUUUCCAGAAGAAGAAGAAGUUCUUUUUAUGGUUGGAUCUAUUUUUCGACUUGAUAGUAUUGAAUGU